AUCAAGGUCGCACAAUGGCUUCUCUUGGUGAAUUGUCUCAAUGAUGAUGGUAACCUCAUCAAUACAAUCCCACCAUCACGGACAAAGUUGCACAACAUGGAACAUCGUCAAUGCGCACAUAUUGAGACUGCUAGCAGGUUUUCCUUCAGCCAAAUGUGGACUCACGAUGAAGUUAAUCAAUACCUGCAGAAUGAAGUGUUCCCUUUGGCAUUUGGAUAUGUCAAUUCAACAGAAAAGGGGAAAGGAAUUGGCAUACCUUCUUUCCCAUGGGUUUUGAUAAGCAAGGAGAGGCUCCACUAUGAUGUUGUAAAUAUCGAAAGGCCCGAUGGCAAUGAUCUU